GGUGCUGGAGACACAAUGCAACAGAGCUGGGGGCACCCCUCAUUCUCGGAGCCGGGGGCGGGGCCGUGUCAGCUGCUGCAAUCCGGCUGCGGGUUUGAGUCAUUCGAGCCCGGGAGUGGCGCAAUCCCACUCGGCGGAGGCCGGGGUUAUUGCGAGUGUGAACCUCCGCGUGUCGUCACGGCAGGGAAAGCGGAGGGGGCGGCGCUGCCGCCGGGGCAUGUUGCAAUCCGGAGUGAAUUCAGCGUCAGCCGCGCCGGAGGAGAGGCGAGCGGCGGGCGGCUGCGGAGCGGCACGGGGGUGGGGCAGCCCCGAUUAGCUCGGGUUUACAUCAUCCGCCGGGAUCUGGGGCUCGGAGCCAGGGGGCCGGGCGAGAUGAGUCUAAACGUGCAGGCGAUCCCUGUAGCGUCUCCACUGAGGAAGAAACGGCUGGACUUUGAGGAUACCCCUGACUCCGAGCCCUCAAAGCCCAAGCACCCACGGUUGGGUCCCGUGUCAGGCCUCACCCCAUGCCUGCAGCCCCUUGUGCGGUCCCCUUGUGCCGUGGAACAGGACUCCAGGGUCUUGCAGAUUGGACCGUACAUCCUUCUGGAGCCCAGGGAAGGGGGCCGCUGCUACAGGGCUGUGCACAGGCCCACGGAGGCGGAGUACAGCUGCAAGGUUUAUCCGGCAAGGAGUUACCCAGAGACGAUAGCCCCUUACGGGCACCUCUCACCCCACCCCAAUGUGGCCCAGGUUGCUGAGGUGAUCCAAGGGGACCAGAACGUCUACGUCUUCUUCCAGCCCGGCGGAGGUGACAUGCACAGCCACGUCCGCCGGUGCAAGCGCCUGCCCGAGAGAGAGGCCGCUGGGCUCUUCCGACAGAUGGCCGAGGCGGUCGCCCACUGCCACGACCACGGGGUCAUCCUCCGAGACCUCAAACUCCGCAAGUUCCUCUUCGUGGACAGGGAGAGCACAAAGCUGGUGCUGGAGAACCUGGAGGACGCCUGUCUUCUGAGCGGCCCGGAUGACUCUCUGUCGGACAAGCACGGCUGCCCGGCGUACGUGGGCCCGGAAAUCCUCAGCUCCAAGAACUCUUACUCAGGGAAGGCGGCUGACGUGUGGAGCCUGGGCGUGGUGCUCUACACCAUGCUGGUGGGGCGAUACCCCUUCCAGGACACUGAGCCCGCCAUGCUCUUCAGCAAGAUCCGCCGGGGCGUCUUCUCCAUCCCGGACGGCCUCUCUCCCAAGGCCAGGUGCCUCAUCCGAUGCCUCCUGCGCAAGACCCCGGCUGAGAGACUGACGGCCCGGGAGAUUUUGCUCCACCCCUGGCUAGCGAGCGGUGGUGCUGCCUCCGAGGAUUCCUGCACAAACCCCUCUGGGGAGCAGGGGAUGGAGCAAGUUGUGCCAGACACCUGGAGCCAGAAGGACGAGGAGGAGGAGGAGGAAGAUCUGCACAGUUAAGCAUUCAGAGGAUCCCCAAGGAUGCAUUACAAAAGGGGCCCUCCAUGCCCCCAGGGAACCUUAGACUGUCAGAUGCCCCAGGCGAGCUGGGGCUGGUGACUGUUUGUCUAAGGGGGGGCUGCUGCUCAGAUCGGGAUAACGCUGUGGCUGUGUCGGCCCCAGCAGGGCCCAGAUCCAGGACUUGCAAACCCAAGUGCCUCAGAGGGGGAGCUGUGGUUGUCCAGGCGCGUGUCUGAAUCCUGCAGAGCGGGAAAGUGCCUUAGCCUCUGACACGGCGAUUCAGGGCGGACGGGACUAAACGGGAGUGAGCCCCGAGCGAGCCCCGGUCUAGGGGGCUCCCACUUACUCGUGCCAAAGAACUUGUUCAAACUCUGAUCACCAGCAGCGCCCUCCCAGAGGGAUGGUGCGUUUCCCAUUCCCAGACUUGGGGCUCCGGCGGCAGGGAGCGGCUAGGGAACCGAGGCAGGCCCUGGCCUCUCCGGGUUCUGCACCAGUCCCUGUGGCUGCGUAGAAGCAGGAUGGGUGCAGAGGGGGCUGAGCUCUGAUACCAGCUUCCUGAAGUGGGGGGAUUGGGGGGCCCUUUCCCAGAGGGCACAGGCCAGCGGGCAUGGGAGGGUGUUUGAGGAGCUCCUUGUCUUGUCACCUGGGAACUGUGAACUUUGCUGUAGCCAGGGCAGCAGCUCCGGGGGGCUUGGAGGGUAGAGAGGUUAAUGGGCAGAGCAGAGAAGGGAGGGGGGAUGCUGGGUGGGAGUGUGAAAAAGACGGGGGAGGGGGGCAGGGUUCCAAGGUCACGUCACAGCAGAGCCCAAGAGCUGGAUGCAGCCUGUGUAACCCUGUGGGCCACCUCCCCUUCCCUUUGUAGCUGUAGCCCGUACAGACUACAAGUCCCAGCAUGCAGUGCUCACCCUGAAGCAGAGGGGAAGGGGACACGCUAUGCUGGGGUGGGGCACAGGUCUAUGCUAGUAGGGAGGGUGACUACGGCCUGCCCCAUUUGCCAGGCAUUGCCCUUGGGCUCCUGGCAAUGAGCAAAUAAAGCUCCUGCCCAAGCUGUUCCCGGUGGGGCAGAGAGUGAGCCCUGGCUGGCGUGGGGGCACUAUGAGGUCUCUGCACUAUCGUGCCAUGUAGCCUCCCCCCCCCCCCAUCUUGUGCUGUGACUGCAGCAGGCUGCCUUGGCUUUCUAACCUGCCCACUGGGGACCCUGCCCUCUGCUCCACCCCAGGAGCCUGUGCCAGGCCAGCCCUGCGCCAUCCCCUCAGGCCAGGGGGCAGGGGGCUGGCAGCAGCCCAGAAGAACUUUAACCAUACGUAUCUCAGGGAGUUGUGAGGCAGCUGGUUUCUGGGGAGCGGCCGGCGUGCGCAGAAUGGACCGGCCUGCUCCAUCCCACUUAGCCCAGCCGGGCACCUGCCGCUCUCCCAGCGCAGGCCCGGGGCCUCGCCUCGCCUCUCCCGGAGCUGGGCCUUCGUAGCGUGUGUUUUGUACCCCAACCAUGUGUCGACACUACAGGGCCCAGCCCAGGACUCCUUUGUACACAGCACCAUGUGUCUCUCUUUCUGUCCUUUGACAAAUAAAAGGUUUGUACCACUGGC